CAAACUUGGUCACUUGAUAUAUCUAAUCUAUUACUUCCUUUAUCACCACCUGCUCCUGAGCUCUAUACAGAUUCACAAUCAUCUAAUAAUAAUAACAACCUUGAUCAGAUUAUAUCAUUCACCUAG